CUUUCGGCGCCUUCCAGACUAUUGCCCUGUUCGUCACCGCAACGGUAUCAUCCGACUGCUCAUGAUAAUUGAGGGAAAGCAUGUCGCCAUGGAUUCAGCUUCCCGAGUAUGGACUUUGGUGAAGCUCAGCAAGAUGUUUGACUGUGGUUCGGUUAUUAGAGACCUAGUGGCACAAUGGAUCAUGCACGGUCUCAACACUCGCUUCAUCGAGGUGUUGCCCGAAGAAGCUCUCCAGAUUGCCUUUACUUUGGAGCUUCCGGGAGUGGCUCAGUCUGCUUUUCGGAUUCUUGUCAACGAACUCGCCCUCGAAGAGGCCGGCGGCAAUACUGCCAAUAAGAAGCACUCACAGACUACCGUGUUUGGAAGAAAGCUGGGGGAUCUACCGGACGAGCUGAGCAACCUCGUCCAACAUGCUGCGCGGGCAUUUAUCGAACGCUUGACGAAUAUGGAUGCCAUCCUCAGAAACCCAGACAUGUUCGACUAUUGGAACAUCGAGGAAUGGAAACGACUGCGAGUGCUUGAGCAGCUUCUUGCUCAGGAGGAAGGCCCGACCGCUGCCAAGGCCUAUUUUAAGAUCCAAGAUCUCAUGAAAGCAUUUGUUUACGAAAUCACCGAAGCGUAUCGCAUGGCAACUUCGAAGGCCCUCUCCACCAGCGUUGUCGCCUACCACAGCAUAGACAAAGACCGAGCUACCUACGUGGAGCCAAAAGACUACGAGACGAUAGUCCCAAUCAUGAAGAAAUUGAAUCCCAUCCAGAUGAUUCUCUGUUCCCUCACCUACAACGAAUUUGGAACAGCCCUGGAUUCGAAAUUGUACCUCGGGAAGCAGGUCAAACUGCCAGGCCAACCCAGAAUCUCCUUUUUCAAAACAGUCGAAGACGCGGGGUUCGCGGUCCAGGCAGUUGUGGAUGCGAACCCGAGGCUUUCCUACUCAGAGGCAUGGCAGCCAUACUUUGAUCCAAGAGUCUGGGGCAAACCACGCCCAAUUCGGAGGCCACUGGUGAAUUUGACGGACCUUGAAAUCAGUAUCAAGGACCAGCUGCGACCAAUCACCUUGUCAUGGCUCCGUCACGACAUUGAACCGUCGCUUAACAUAACCCGCCAUCUGCUGCUUACGCUCACUAACGAUGAGAUGAAGUUCUUACCCCUCUGGGCAGGAGGUUGUGAUGAUGGAACGGGGGGUGUCUUUGAGACUCAGAUUCCCCCGGCUGUCAUGGGUCCCAACGGUCCGGGACCUUCGUACCAUACUGGUAUCACAAUCCCAUCUCAGCCAUCAAGUGAAGGAUCAAUGAUCGGAGAUUUGGCCGAGAUGAGGCUGCGCGGCAGCACAACAGAUGAGUCCGUCGAUGUCCAUGACAGCAUUUCAACAGUCUUCCGCCCAGACCGAGUCAUUGCGGACGACGUCUCCAUGGAGUCAGAGGCUUUCACCGCAGGCGGGGCUGAGUAUGAAGCUGCCAAGUUCGAAGUCCCAGCUGACCACCAGAGCAUGGGAUCGGUGGUGAACAUGCUCGUGGAUAUGGUCGUUGAGGAUACCGACUCGGAGGCCCAGUCCACGGCUGCCGAUCGAGAGUUGACGCCCACAGGUGACGAUGACAUGGAGUUUUGGAACGACGAAAGUGACAGCGACGACAGUGUUGUCUUGAUCGAGACUGGGCAGACCAAAGGUUGAUUGAGUAAUGGUUUCUUAUGUCUGGGGUAAUGUACGCGAAACAAAGAAGGGAGUCAACAUGCUCCCUACGUAAUGUGAGAAGGCAGGUUGAGCUAGGAAGGUUGGAUACGAGUAUUUACUCAAGAUAUACAUGAAGACGCACGAAUAAUUAUGACCGUAACGAAAACAAAAAAGUU